AUGGCUCCUCACAAGACCAUCAUUAUUGGUGCCGGUGCCUCUGGCAUUGCCAUGUCACAUACCUUGAAGUGCAAGCUUGGGUAUACAAACUUUGAAAUUUACGAGAAGAGAGAGGGACUUGGGGGAACUUGGCGAGCAAACACAUAUCCCGGAUGUGGUUCCGAUGUUGCCAUCCAUCUAUACUCAUUCAGUUUCAACUUGAAUCCCAACUGGACAGAGGAGCUGUGCGACCAAGAAGAAAUUCUGAACUACAUGGAGUCAACCGUUGAUAAAUUUGGGCUACGACCGUAUAUUCAGUUCAACUGCGAAUGCCUUGGUGCCACGUGGUCGAACGAGCGUCAGUUGUGGGAUGUGACAUUCUUGAACCUGAGAACCAAGGAAAAGUUAGUCGAGUCGGCCAAUGUGCUCCUGUCGGCUGUCGGUGGGUUUUCCCAGCCUCGGAUUGUCGAAUUUCCAGGAAUGGAAAAGUUCAAGGGCCGUGUCUUCCAUACCGCCGAGUGGGAUCAUUCAUAUGACUACACUGGAAAAAAAAUGGCUGUCAUUGGGAAUGGAUGCAGCGCUGCCCAAGUCGUGCCAAAUGUUGCCCCUCGGGUCGCCAAGCUGACGCAGUAUGCCCGCAGCGCUCAAUGGUACCAUGCCCGACCGAACCACAAGUUCACGCGGUUCGAGAAGGCCUGUUUCAACUACGUACCUCUUCUCCAGAGAUACCACCGACUCAAGCUCUUCAUGAGCACAGACAAUCUCGCCUCGGUAUACGGAUCAUCUGAGAAGCAAAUCAGGCAGCGCGUUGAUAUCGAGCGAAAGGCAAUGAAAUAUAUACGUAGCCAGUGCCCCGAGAAGUACCACAGCUUCAUUGUCCCAGACUUUCCACUAGGUUGCAAACGAAGGAUAUUCGACCCUGGUUACCUGAAGAGCCUUCACAAUGAGCACGUCGAUUUGCUCCCGGAGGGGAUCAAGGAGUUAACAGAGACGGGAAUUGUUAGCGAAAGUGGCCUCUACGAGGACUUUGAUGUCAUUGUGCUUGCGACUGGCUUCCAAGUCCAAAACUUCUUGGCUCCCAUGGAGAUUAUUGGCAAGAAUGGCAAGAGCUUGCGCGAGCAAUGGGCUUCAAAGGCCGGGGCACAAGCAUACAUGGGGACCUAUGUGCACAAUUUCCCCAACUUUGCAAUGCUGUUUGGACCAAACACAUUCCCCGCUUUCAAUUCCGUUAUCUAUGCUGUCGAGGUACAGGUAGAAUACAUCAGAAAGAGUCUGAUGGAACCGACAGUAGAUGGCUAUGCAGAUGUAGUCGAAGUUUGCGAAAGAGAGGAGGAGAGCUUCGUUCAAGAACUUGACAAGAGCUUGGCUGAUACUGUCUUCGCCGCGGGAUGUUCCAACUGCCUCUUCAUUCUGGGUGGCAACGUUCUUCCCGAAGUGGAAGGCGUUUUCUAUGUCAGGAGGAAGCAGCCUGUGGCUCGUGAAGAAGGCCUGGAGACUAGUGAGAACCAUGUCUAUAUGGACAUAUUUUAG